UUUUUUUUUUGGCUGGGUACCUGUUUUCAAUCACAAAAAAAAAAAAAUAGGCUUUCUUAUUUUUCUUAUUUUCUUCUGUUCAUCUGAAUUCCAUUCAUUCUUUUGUAUUCUGCUAAUGUUUCGUUCUAUACUUCAACGUACUGCUAUUAGACAAGUUCCUCGUUCAUCCUUGAAACAAUGUACUCCUAUCACCCGUCGACAAUAUACUUCAGGUAAACCAUCAGGUGCUCCUAGUAUCCCGGCCAUGCUUGCUGUUGCGUCUAUGGGUUUUGCUGCUUAUUAUACUUUGGUGAAAUCUAGAGAAGGUCAAGCUUUACCCCGAAGACAACAAAAACCUAAUCAACAAGAAGAACCAAAUGUUAUCACUAAAGACACAACUGAAAAGGAACCCAAUGUACCUGCCUUUACCCCUGAUGAAGUCACUGUAGUCUUUGUUCUCGGUGGACCUGGUGCAGGAAAAGGAACUCAAUGUGAUCGAUUGAAAAAGGAUUAUGACUUUGUCCACUUGUCAGCUGGUGAUCUUCUUCGUGAAGAACAAAAUCGAGAAGGUUCCAAGUAUGGUGAAUUAAUCAAACAUUAUAUCAAGGAAGGAUUAAUUGUACCUAUGGAAGUGACCAUUGCAUUAUUGGAACAAGCCAUGCGUGAAUCCAUUGAAAAGGACAAUAAACGACGAUUUUUAAUUGAUGGAUUUCCUCGAAAGAUGGAUCAAGCUCUCAAAUUCGAAGAAGCUGUUGUACCAUCAAAAAUGGUGUUAUACUUUGAAUGUCCUGAACAAGUCAUGUUGGAACGUCUUUUGAAACGUGGUGAAAACUCUGGUCGUGCUGAUGAUAACAUUGAAUCUAUCAAGAAAAGAUUCCGUGUCUUUAAGGAAACUAGCUUCCCUGUGAUUGAAGCAUUUGAAAAAGAGAACAAAGUCCAAACUGUAUCAUGUGUCAAGCCUGUAGAUGAAGUUUAUAAAGAAGUCUGUGUUGUUUUUGAUAAGAUGUUUGAAAAAUAGAUUAGAACUUGUUGAUACUAUAUAGAAAACAUUAAAUUUUUAUUAUCGUUUUAUGUU